GCUCACCAAAUGGUUCGAGAUGUCUGGUUACCUCUGGAUCUAUCAGUACCGCUUCUUCGACAUCCCGUGGAACUCUCCGGCAGCCUGGUGGGCAGGGUUCCUGGCGGCGGACUUCGUCCACUAUUGGUUCCAUCGAGCAUCCCACGAGGUGAGCUUCAUUUGGUCGUGGCAUCAAGUACAUCACUCUCAUGAAGAAUACAACCUGACUGUGGGCCUCCGUCAGUCUAUGUUCCAGCAGCUGUGUGCCCUGGGUUUCUACCAGCCCAUGGCCCUGCUGGGUGUGCCCCUCCCGGCCAUCUGCGUCCACUUCAACCUCAACCUCCUGGUGCAAUUCAUCAUCCACACAGAACUCAUCGGCAAGUGUGGACCUCUAGAGUGGAUCAUCAACACCCCGUCCCACCACCGCGUCCAUCACGGGGCCAACAAGUACUGUUUAGACAAGAACUACGGAGGCUUCCUUAUCAUCUGGGACCGGCUCUUCGGUACAUUCGCCGCUGAGAAAGACGAUGAAGAGAUUGUUUACGGUCUUGUUGACCAGCCACAAGCCUCGAGCAUCUUGUAUCUCCAGGUAAGGUUUCCACUUUCUCGGGCACACGCAAAAUUAGAACCUCGAUUCUGUAUGGAGUAUGAGAGCAUAGAUUUCCUACGAAGAAUUAGGGCCUCGAUUCUCACGGCGAAUUAUGGCUCGAUUUUGAUGAAGUACCUGGGCCCUGAUUCCCAUGAAGGAUUGGGGCUUGAAUUCGACGGAGGAUUAAGGCUUUGAUUCCUUAUAGAGAAU